ACAGGCGCAGCCAUGGCCGGGAAUACAAACCGGUACUCGUCUUACACGACAGCCUCUGUUGGGUCAGGAUCAGAUGGCAAGAAUGGCGAGAAGGCGGAGAAGAAGGAUCUCUGGAGCUCCAUGCUGGACGGGGUAGCCAGCGCAAAGCGACUGCCAGAAAAGAAUAUUAUUUUACUAGGAGGUACUGUCGACUCCCAGCGAGAGUUCUUCGAAUCCCUCUCCAACAACGAGCUACGCCGAACCCUUGAUCGAAACACAUCUCGAAUGCCCCCAGUCGCAAACAGCUUUGCACUGGGGUAUACCUACUACGACGUUCUUGAUGCCGACCAGGAAGACACCUUGGCUCGCAUAUCUCUGUACACUCUUACAAACCCCUCGCCGAGCUUCGCGUCUCUUCUCAAGCCGCUUCUGACGCCUCAGACGAUACCCAAUACCCUGAUUGUAAUAUUACUGGAUUGGUCUCAGCCGUGGAAAUGGAUGCGCCAGUUGCGGGAGUGGAUUUUGUUACUCAGGACUGUUCUGAUCUCGUUAAGCCAUGAGUGUAUGGCAACAAUGGAGGAAGUGAUGUUGUCGUGGCGCGACCGCGGUAGGGGUGGCGGGACCAACCUCGACGGCACAACGGCCUUGCCAGUCGCGGAUGAUGGUGUUGCUUUACCCCCAGGUCCUGGCGAGUGGGAGGACGCACUGGGUAUCCCACUAUGCGUUGUCGCUCAAAAUGCCGAAAAAAUGGAAUACCUUGAAAAAACACAAAGUUGGAAGGAGGAGGAGUUUGAUGUUGUGUUACAGUUCAUGCGGACAGUAUUGCUUAGGCAUGGCGCUUCUCUGAUUUACACCACCCCCUCUUUACCCUCGCAACUCCCAAGCUUGAUUCACUCAAGCCUUGGCAUCCACUCACUUCUGAAGAAGCAACCACUAAAGCACAAUGUCAUCGACAGGGACAAGAUUGUAGUCCCUCCCAACUGGGACUCGUGGGGUAAGAUCCGUGUACUACGAGAAGGUUUCGACGUGGAACGUGUCAGCAAUGCCUGGACCGCCGAUCUCGAUCAGCCAUUCCCACAUCCUCAAUCAAACGGCAACACGUCAAAUGGCGAGCCCAAUGGCGAAAGCGGUGAAGCUGUUCACGACCAGGAAGAAGAGGACGACGACGACCCCCAGGGCUCGACAGUCAGGCUAUACGAGCUGUCGGUGCAGGAUCCCACAAUGGACGCCCUCCAGCUGGCGGGGCGCGACACUCACUCGACCGAGCUUGAAGUAAAGAGCGAGGACACCCAAGCCUUCCUCGGCAAACAGCUCAAGCAGCUCGAGACCUUCAAGAAACAGCACGACGAGACCUUUGGUCAAGACUUUGGCAGCUCCAGAAAUAAACCCUUCAAGAAGAUUGAGGAGGAUGAGGGGGCGCUGGACCCGUAUACUCGGCCGACAGAAGCCAAAGUGUUGGAGCAUAUUGGCCCGGUGCAAUUCAACAUGGGCGGUAUCCAAGUAGACGCGGAUGACAUGGUUCAGAGGCUCAAGGACCGUCAAGCAUACGGCACCUCCGAGCCAGGCAGCCCAACAGACGAGGUGGGCGCCGAAGCAAACGCCCAAAUGGAUACCGAAAACCUGCAGGCCUUCUUCCAAGGCCUGAUGAACAGGAAGAGCGGCACAGGCAAAUGA